AUGUCUUCUAGGCGGCACCUCACCCCCAUCGAGCCAAAUUACAGGCCUUUCCCUUGUCACUCUCUUGGCGCUAAUAUCCGUGUCCUGCAAGCUUGGCUCCACAGAUUUGUGGAGUUUUAUGUCCCACCCCACGACCCAGCCAGCGAAAGACUCACUGCCAAACUCCUGUCCUUGGGAACAUCGCCUGAACUAUUAAAAGAGCACCUAAAAGACUUUGCAAAUCUUCUUCCUGUGGUGCUUUUUGUAAUUGGAUGCAUUUUUCAAAUAUUUGCUUUUACAUCUGACAAGGUGCAGAGCUAUGCCGAAGUCAUACACUGGAUAAACCAAAAGCCAUUUUUUCAUCUAUUUAUGCCAGUAAUGAUCUUUAAUGUCACAUUUCACAUGCAUGUUUACAAACUCCAAAAAAUAUUCUGGCAGAUUUUUUUAAUCACAGCUCCUGGCUUCCUGAUAAAUUAUCUCUUAAUUUUUUGGUAUGUGUCAUCUAUGCAUAAAUUUCUUUUACAUACCACUUCAUGGGCAUUGUUUUCAAUUAUGCUUGUAACUGGAGAUCCCAUGCAAACAGAAGCCUCUAUAAGAAACCUUGGUCUUCCUAAAAGCCUUGUCAAUUUAAUUAACGGAGAAAGUCUGAUAACCACCAUCAUGUCUUUUUUUAUAUUUUUUAGUAUCAUUAACAUAAAUACCAGUCAACAAAAGAUGGACAUCUAUAUAGGCUAUGAGAUCCUGCAGUACAUCUUCUCACAUUAUAUUACAAGUUCCCUCUUUGGAUAUCUAGCCUCAAAACUGGUUCAAAACCAGUGGAUAGAUCAUUUAUUUUUCUGUGAAGGUGAUGUUAAUUAUACACCUUUCCUCUUUGGAAUAUUCUACCUUGUCUUUUACACUGGCGAACUACUCGGAAUGUCUGGAAUAUGUGCCGUGGCCAUUAUGGGACUUUUUGUAAGCUCUACAAAAUUUAACUCUGAAACCAGAUCACUUCUUGUUAAGCUUAUAAUCUGUCUAUCAAUGGGCCAUCUUUUGUCUAGGAUGAUUAAUGGCUACAAUUGGCGUUGGUCCAUUAUAAUGGCCUCGACCAAAUUGAAAGGAUUACCCAAUAUAACAAUGGCCCUUAUGUUUGCCUAUUCUGAACAUUUUGAUUUUGCAACGGAAGAACAAAAAUCUCAGAUAUUAUUUUAUGGAGUUUUAAUAUGUAUAAUUAACCUGCUUCUUGGUAGAUUCAUUUUAAUGGCAGUUAUCAGACGAGGUCUUCCAAGCGUUACAGACACUGAGAAUAGAUCACGUUAUCAUGUGUUUCAACACUUUCAAGAACUAACAAAAUCUGCAGUUGCUGACCUCAAAUUGGACACGGAUCUUGUUGAACUGAAUUGGGAUAUUGUUGAGCGUGAAGCUAUACUUCAAAACCCGUGUGUGAUAAAGCAAGAAGAAACAACCGGUGAAAAGGAAAUAGAAGCAAUGGAACUAGCCAAGAGGCGACUUCUCUCAGCACGAAUAGCAAGCUACCAGAGACAAUACAGGUCUGGGAUUCUUUCCCAUGAUGCUAUGCAGAUGUUAAUACAUACAGCAGAAAGCUUUGUGGACAAGGAAGAAUUUCCUCUUCAAUUGUAUCACAAAAUAGUAUUUACUGAUGAAUUUCAGUACUGUGGAUACCUUUUGGUAUUAGUGAAUGCCUUUGUUAUAAUAAUUUUUUGGACAUCUUACUCCAGUAAUGUUUACGGCAAUGAAAUAUUAUAUUGUCACUGUUAUUUUCUCUUCUUUUAUACAUUGGAAGCCCUACUAAAGAUUGGGGCAAUGAGAAAAGAAUAUUUUUCAUACGCAUUGAAUAUAUUUGAGUUAUCAGUUACCAUCAUUGGAAUAGUAGCACUAAUACUUAUCGAAACAAUUCCUACUAUUGAUCUUGUUAGAUUAUUGACCAUCACAAAUAUUGUACAAUUUCUUCGCAUAUUACGUAUUCUAAAGCCUAUAAGACCCUGCUUACUGCAAAUAAUCGAUAAAAAGAUGAAUGAACAGCAAUCCCUUUGGUAUGCGGCUUUAAAAGGAUAUAUCCAAGGGGAAUCUGACAUAAUGACUAACCUUGGUCAAAUUGCAGGUUCUAUCCAGGUUAAAAAGUUGCUGUUAAGGAUAAUAACAAGGAAUGACGCACAUGCUAUGAAAGAGCUGGGUUACUUUGAAUUUUACCACCCAGAAAUUACUAUACCAAUGAAAACAAUGGAGCAGAUAAAUGCCAUGAUCAAUCUAUCUUUAGAUAUUGUUAACAAUUUUGAGACAAAGGGAAUGGUUAAUAAAAGUGAAAGUUCUGGAAUGAAGAAGCUAAUAAUGGCCAAAAAGAAAGAAGUAACCAAACUUCAACCUAAUAUCAAACCUCUGACAAAUAGAGAAGUACUAAAUAAUCUUCCAUGGCUUGAAAAUGAUGAAAGUCAAAUAAACUUCAUGAUGGUUGGGUGUCAACGUAUACAAUAUUUCCGUGGAGGAUGUAUCUUUGAAGAAGGUGCAGAACCUCAAGGAAUUUAUGUGAUUAUUUCAGGCAUGAUAAAGCUUCAAAGAUCAGAGCCAGGUUUGGUAAUUGACCAAAUACCCUGGGAGUCAGAGGAGAAAGAUAAUGAGCUAUUUUAUAAAGAUUACCUGAUCUGCGGGGCAGUAUUAGGAGAAUUGUGCUGUUUAACCAAUGAACCCAUGAAAUAUUCUGCCAGCUGUAAAACUGUAGUGGAGGUAUUAUUUAUUCCAAAAUAUCAUUUAUAUUUAAGUUUUAAAUUAUUCCCAAUAGAAUAUCAAAUGUGGCUAAAAAUUGGACGUUCUAUUACUGCCAGCAAAAUCCAGGAACGUUUGUCUUAUGAGGACUGGAACUACAAGUUGCAAUUAAAACUCCGUAAUAUUUCCGUAAAAGACAUACCAAUGGACGCCAAAACUCAGAUCUAUGACAAAACUGCAGAAUUUGUCAUCCUAAUAUACGGAUCUGUAGAAGAUUGCCGGUUACGAAAAGUUUACAAGUCACCUUUCAUAAUUCCAAAAACAUGUUUUAAGGUACAAGGCCUUGAAAAAGUUACAAAGGUAAUGAUCGUCCAAACUUCAAGAGAUAGCCAAAAAUCAAGACGGGAAUCAAAGAUCAAGGAUGUAGUGCUAUUCAGGCCUCGUGAUACAAAGGAUUACCCUCCAGUGGUGGAAGCUUCCAAAUGA